CUGGCGGGAGUGGCAGUCCGGGCUUUUAAUCGAGGGCGCAGUGGCCGCCGGUUGUUGUAGUCGCUUGAGUGUUCUUUUUCUCCCGUGGGAGUCUGGGAAGCGGCGGGUCCGUUUCGCUCAGUCUGGCGGAGGCGACGUUGACGUUAUGGCAGCGGGCAGGUCUGUGCGAGCGGCGCGGAGUUGCUUGAGUCCUUUGCUCCACUUGAAUUAUCCUCGGUUCCACUCCAACAGAGGUUUGCUCUUCGCCUUCAGUACUGCUGCACAACAAAAGAGCACAGGAGAUGAUUGUGGCCCAGAAGAUCCUCAGAAUGAACCUAGACAGAACUUGAGGGGAGAAAAUUUAGAGCACAAGACCAUCAAGCUAGAAGAACAACUCCGUGUCUUAACAGAACGAUACCAAAGAGCCCUAAUGGAUUCUGAAAAUGUCAGACGUAGAACACAAAAAUUUGUUGAGGAUGCUAAGAUUUUUGGCAUCCAGAGUUUCUGUAGAGAUCUGGUAGAAGUAGCAGAUAUCCUGAAAACAACUUUGGAGAUUGUUGUAGAAGAAGAAGAUGACCCAACUCUGACCCUGAAUAAGAUCUGUGAAGGCCUGAGUCUUAUAGAAGUCAAACUACAAAGCAUUUUUACUAAGCACGGUCUGCAAAAAAUGAACCCCAUUGGUGGCAGAUAUGACCCCUAUGCCCAUGAAAUUGUCUGUCAUGUGCCAGCAGAAGAUAUGCAACCGGGCACUGUGGCUUUAGUGACUGUGGAUGGUUACAAACUUCACGGCCGCACUAUCAGACAUGCACAUGUAGGGGUGGCAGUAGAAUCUCAAGAAUCUGAUGAACCUCCAUCUUAGCAAUUGGGAUCCUAUGAACUUAUUUCUUUUGCCCGCAUCAUCAUUGCUGCUUUAUUUAUUAAGCCACACAGAUAUGAUUUGCUGGCCUCUCAGGAUUGGCAUGAUCCUUUGGCCUUCCUUUUCAAGCUGUCAUUAUUCAACGUUAGUUUUUCCUGUUGUGUAAAGAUAUUUUUUCGGUUGUUUCACAAAUGUGGUGCCCUCUUUUCUGUUUGUUAAUUUUAAGCCUGCAUUUAAAGGAAUGUAGGAUUCAUUCCAACAAUGCACAGACCUAUUGAAAAGUCAGUCAGUAAAAUCCCAUUGAUUUCAAUAGGUUUGUUCAAGGGUGACUAAAACUGGAUCCUGUUCUCUGAAAAAGGCUUUCCUCCCAAGAUUUAUUUUUAAUUUGCUUGUUAAUCACACUAUUGUUCCCAUUUUCUUUUUUUUUAUAAUCUGUGAUAUAUAUUUAAUCUGAGCUUUAUUUACAGUAACCCAGAGUCAUUCUUAUUUCAAUCUGGAUUUUUUUUCCAUUUAUGUUUUUAUUCAUGUGUUAUUUGAGACAUUCUCCUUAAGCAAUACAAGAUUUUAUUUUAUUUUUUCGCCUUUAAAUAGGUGGACAAUGGUAGUUCUGUGGUUCUUCUACAAUCAGUCAUGUUUGGGAGAAGAUUCUAGGCACCAGUUAACGACUUAAGUCCAAGACUGCCUUCCUUCUGAAUCCAAUUUCAACAGUUCUUGGGCAUUUGUAACCCAAGAAUGCAUGUGCCAAAUCUUGAAGCUUCAACACUUCUCUUUUUGAAAGCUUUUUAGAUUUGGUUUUGCAUCUCAAAAUUUCCCUGAGUGCUUUGGCCAGUAAAAGAAUAUUCUCGGUCCCAAAUUACUUCUGAAAA